AUGGACUCUCUCUCCAAGCUAAUGGAAAUUGAGGAGUCCUCUCAUUUUGCAAAUUCGAAGAUUGGAGUAAAUUUGACGAAGACUGGUGAGGUCGAAGUCUCCAAGAUCAUUAUGAGGAUGAAAUCGACGAUGAAGAAGAGGAUGAUCAUGAUCAUGCUGUUGUUGAUUAAGAUGACGAUAUUUGUCGCCGAUGCUGGAAGUGAUACAAAUGGUGUGUUUGAUCCUUGUUCAGAUGCAACGAUACAAAGAUGGGACGGUUUUACAUUUGGUCUUGUGUUUUCAACCAAAGACUCGUUCUUUUUCAAUCAGACCCAACUUUCGCCCUGUGAUUCGCGUCUCUCUCUGAAGGGUGCACAACAUGCUUUGUUUCGACCCAAAGUCGAUGAGAUCUCCUUCCUUUCCAUCAAUAGUAGUAACUCUGAGCCGGGCAGUAAGGUAGGCCCGUACAUGGUGGCAUUUGCUGGACGCAAGUAUGCAGCAAGAUCACCACCAAUAUUGGUUGCUGAUGACUCCAAUACCAUAACUAGUUUCACCUUGGUACUUGAAUUCGACAGGGGUAUCCUUCAAAACUUGUACUGGAAGAAAUUUGGGUGCAAAGCUUGCUCAGGAGACUACUCCGUCUGCCUUAAUGGCGAGGACUGUGCAGUACCAAACUCAAAAUGCAAAAGCAAUGGUGGGACUUUUGACUGUAAUUUGAGCGUCCAAUUAACCUUCUCAGGAACAGACAAAAAUCUUGAAGUGCUUAAUUCAUGGUAUGAGGUGAACAAGUUACAGAAAUACUCGCUCUACAACCUUUUCAAGAAUUUUCUGAUAUGACAAAGCCACUGUUAACAAGAGGUAAAAGGGUCCGAGUACUGAGGGGGGAAAUUUCCUCCCAAUGGAAGCCUAUACUGAACUUUGUAAUUAUAUUCAGGGUUAUGCAGAUCAUGAAGGCUAUUUAAAUAGCACAUGCCAGGCUGACGCUAUUAUGUUAACAUGAUAAAGUCAAGUUCAGCCAAAGUUGUAACCUGUACAGAAC